CAUUAUCGAAAGAAAACUUCUAAUAAGAAAUAAUUAAUGAAAGAAAACUUGAAGCUGGCGGAUGCACGGAAUGUGCAAACUGCGAGCCAAAUUCUCCAAAGAGGAGUUGGAAUUAAAAAAAAACUACAGAGAGUAAUUUUUAUGAUUUAACAUUUUAUCUCAAAUAUUUUGUGAAACAAAUAUGCACGAAUUCGUGACUUUAGCCUCUCAAGGCUUUAUUAUAUUAAUCGUAAAGUAAAUAUUAGUGCGUUUUCAUGUAGUCCUCUAAAGUCUAAGGCAACGUUUAAUAAUUAUUAUAAGAAAAAUUUGUGUCGAACUGCCUGUGUUGGAUGGCAGCAAAAUGCAUGGAAGUAGAAGAGUUGUUAUAUUUUGUUUACUAACCACAGUUCUGCCAUCAAUACUUAUUCUAUCCUCAUUAUACUUAAGAAAUAGUAGAUAUGCAGAUGUUAUGUAUAAAGUAUCAGAUUCUGAUGUAAUACAAAUACAUAAAGGACAGUCUUCAAUCUUCUGUGCAGAACAUUCCAUUACUAUGAAUACAACUUUUAAUGCAUUCCAAAUGAGUGGUAAACCUCAAUUAUCCAAAAAUAGAAGACAUAUUAGUUUAAGGAAAUCCAUGUUGCUACCAGAUGACACUCUAGAAUAUUGGGGAUUUUACUUAUUUGCUGGAGCAACUGUUGAAUUGAAAGCAUGUUCCCGAUAUGAAGGCUCAAAAAUAUUAGUUGUAAAAGGUGACAAGAUAUUGGACACUUGUGGUAUACUUGAAGGUGAUAAAUACAAAAACGAUCCCUUGAAGAUCAAGAAACAUGGUCAUGUAUCUGUUACACUAGAAACUCCUAGUCAUAUAAAUGAAACCCAAAAGGCAGCUUCAGCAAAAUUAAGAAACUUAUAUAAGAAAGAAAUGAUUGAUAAAGUAAAGGAAAAAACAUCGGAGAAUUUUGAUAGAAUUAAAAGAGAUACUUUAAAUCCAUCCUUGCACAAUCCCAAUACAGUAUUAGACACUGGUGUUAAUCAUGGGGGCAAUGCGAUUAACAAAUCAGCUGAUCUUGACGACAUGUCUGUUUCUAGUUUUGAAAAUAGCUUACAUGAGUGCUAUCAGGACAACAUUCUAAUGAAUGAUUAUUUUCCAUUUUCAAUACAUUGUAAUAAUACAAAAUAUUUAGAAGUGACCACAACUCUUAAGGUUGUGCACGAUGUAACUCAUGAUGGUUACUACUACUAUAUAUUUUAUAGUGACAAUGAUUUUGUUGUUAAUGAUAUUCAUGCUAUAUUUGAUAUUUACAAACCUAUAUUUCAUUAUUCAAAUAUGUCAGAUUCCAAAGUGUGUUUGAACAAAACAAUGUGUACAUUUAAUGUAGAAAUGUUUAGUGAUGAAUUAGUCAUUGUUGAGAUACCAACACUGGAUGGCUUAAAAAAUGAUGAUGAGGCAUCCAUUUUGGUAUCUGUGUGUCAUCCAAGAAUGUCAAUCUAUAUAUUUUUCCCAGUAUCAGUACUGCUUUUCAUCUUGUUAUUUGCAUUUUUAUGAUAUAUACUGAGAGUUGUUAUAUACACAAUAUUGAUAAAAACCAACAUUAGUAAUAGUAAUGUUAUAUUAAUUUAUCAUUGAUUUUAUAUGAUAAAAGUUAUUUAUAGUAUUUAUAAAUUGAUAGUUUUAAGAAUGUUAUACUUUCCUAUAAGACUGUGAUUUAGCCGGACAUAAUAAAUUUUAUUUCGUUGUUAA